AAUUUCGUUUCUAGUCUGGAUGUCGUCAUAUGCGAGAUGGUUCUGUGGACCGAGUGGAUAUUAUGAAACAAAAUAAAUACAAAAUCUAAUGUUUCGCGUAAGAAAUUAUAAUUAUCUUUUGCACGUCGAUGGACCCAAUCGCCAACUGAACAUCAUUCGCUGUAAAUCGAAUUCGCGGAUUUAUCUUUUUUUAAUAUAAUUGAUCGGUGAUUGUCUCACUCCCUCUAAUUAACAAACGCCUUGUGGCUAUGACUACGGAUUUACUAUCUGAUUUGGAUAGUCGUUUCUUCGCUGAUAACCUUCUGACAAGCGAGGAUUGGGAUGCCUGUCUGUACCAGUGUGAGAGCAUGGAGGAGGGAGAGGACGGAGAGUACACGAGAGGACCGAAAUAUGAAACAUCGUUUGACAACGAUCUCGUGCUGACCCUUGAUCCUGACAAUCCCACGUCGCCAUGGAGACACCUGGACGACAACCUUCUCACAGGGGACGUUCCCGUAUUGAAAGAUGAAAUGACGAUAACGCAGCCUUUGCCAGUGGACAUGUUGUUCCGGGUGAAGGCGGAGCCUCCCUCCCCUGCCUCCUCGCUGGCCUCCGACUGCUCCCUGACCUCACUCCCAGACUCACAGAUCACAGUGAAAGGAGAGAACCCGCCCACGCCUCCUUAUAUGUUUGGAGAUGUGCUGGCACCACCACUUGGCACAUGUGAAGUCACGGUGGCCUCUGCACAACUGGCCCGACCACAGUCCAAACUGCCGRCUCAGCAACACCAAACAGCAACCCACAAUGGCAUGGACACACAGGCACAGGCCACAGUCCACCCCACUGCGYCCACGAUCAAAGCCAGUACCAUCCUGAGCAGUAAGCCUCUCAUCCAGCCCAGGCCUGUGUGUGUAGCGGCUCUCCCCGUCUCCCAGGCUCCCAGUCCGGCCAAGGCCCUCAUACUGCACAGCCUGCCUAGCAGGGACCAGAGCAGGCCUGUGGUGCUUUCCCAGUCAGUCUGUCUGGGGUCRGCGCCAGCCAUCGUCAAAAUGGAGCCCGUCUCCCCCACCAUGCCUCACUGCCAUAGCCCCACGGCCCCAUUCCCCAGCAAACCCAUAGUCCCGGCGUCCUCUCUGCCAGGGAGCAACUGCAACGGCAUGGAUGUGAGUGUCUGUCAGUCGCAUGUCAGUCAGUCAGUGAGUAUUUCUCUUUCACGCUCUUCUUCAACCGCUGCCUUACCCCGGGCUUCACUGUCAGAUCACACGCCCAGUUCUGCCGUGAUUAACUGUCAUGCGCUCUCCCCUCCGACCGGGUCUCAGAUGAAGGUGAUGAAGAGGCAGCAGCGGAUGAUCAAGAACCGGGAGUCGGCGUGCCAGUCACGCAAGAAGAAGAAGGAGUACCUGCAGAACCUGGAGGGCCAGCUGAGGGAGGCGCAGCAGGAGAACGAGCGCCUCCGCAAGGAGAACCAGGCCCUGAGGGAGAGGCUUGCCGGGAAAGAGGGCAGUGAAUCUGGUAACAACAAGAGGGCCGUCUGCGUCAUGGCAGUGCUACUGUUCAUGACCUUCAGUUUCGGCCCUGUCAGUAUCACAGACAGGAAGCUGGAGACGGGGUUACAGGAAGAGGUGGUCCCUCACACAGGAAGAAAUCUCCUGGAGUUUGAGACGGCUCGGGAACAUAGCAGAGUGGAGGAAAGGCUAGAUCCUGAGGAGGAGGGAGGAGAGGAUGGGUGGAAGGGAGGAGAGGUGGAGAGGGAAUCCACCGARUCAUACCAGUUUAGGAACCUGAGUGACGUGUUCAGCGACGUGAAGGACCUGGUCCUGCAGGACAUCGACCGCUAUUUCACCUCCAAUGACUGCAGGCAGUUCAACCGCUCCGAGUCCCUCAGGCUGGCGGAUGAGCUGAGAGGAUGGGUCCACAGGCACCAGAUCGACAGGAAGAAGUCUGGAGGGAAGCCAAAGAUUGUGAAAAAAGCUAAAAUAGCGCAGUUGUUUCCCUUCCCUUUUCUACAGAAAGCGCAGCUUAGGAAGACAAACAUCUCCAGAUAUCUUCCCAUUCAGACCCAUCGUUCCAUUGACAGUCAGAUACAAGUGUUCCCUGCUGGUCCAGAGAUCAGCUACAGUGACUUCAUGGACGCCAUCGACCGGCGUGAGGACACCUUCUACGUGGUCUCCUUCAGACGGGAUCACCUGCUGUUGCCAGCUAUCAGCCACAACAAGACCACACGGCCCAAAAUGUCUCUGGUGAUGCCAGCUAUGUCUGUCAACGAGAGUUUAUAUAAUAAAUCCCAGGGCUAUGAGAUGAUGAUGCAGGUGGAUUGUGAGGUCAUGGACACCCGGAUCAUCCCCAUCAAAGCCUCCGCUGUUCCCCCGUCCCUCCGCGACCCCCCUCCCGCUCCCCCCYCCCACCAUCACCACAGCAACCACACCUCCCUCCGAGGCCGCCACCAUCCCCACACCGGCGGAGCGGCGUCUCCACGGCAACCCUUACCUGCCAGAAGACAGGAGGCCGAGUAUUACAUCAGCCAGGGGGGCGGGGUUUGAGGUUAGUGAAGGUGAACAAAUGAGAGGGGGAUUGGAGGAGAAAGGAGAGGGUAGUGUAAAACGGGAAGGAGGGUAGUGUAAAACGGGAAGGAGGGUAGUGGGAAACGGGAAGGAGGGUAGUGGGAAACGGGAAGGAGGGUAGUGGGAAACGGGAAGGAGGGUAGUGGGAAACGGGAAGGAGAGGGUAAUGGGAGAUUAAAUAAGGGAGAGUAGGAGGGUUGUAGGAGGCAAAUCUGUCGGAAUUAUGGAGGACAUCUGUACUAAUUGAAACAAAUGAUUAACAAUGAAGUUACGGUGCCACAAUGUUGAAACGUUGUCCCAGCAACUCAAAGCAAAUGUGUUUAUUCUACUGAAGACUCAAUAUAUUAAUAGACCAAUGAGUAAUACCCACUUCACAAACCUGAUCUGUUCACUAUAGAAAAAGUAAAAAAAAGAUUUAAAKGGUUCACCAAUGGCUCCUAACUAAAUAAUUUCUUAAUAUAUACUUUUUGAAAACCUGCCCAAACAUAGACCUAGCAGUUCACUGCACUUAGACACAGCACAGAAUUAAUCACUGAAAUAUAUGCAGCUAAUGGUAGUGGACUGCUCAUGGUUUCAUUUGAGAACCAUUUUUUGUGGAGGUUCCGUUUUGUAUAUUUUGUGUUUUAUCGCUCUCCAUUGAAAUUCCAUUCAAAGGGCUCRUGCAGAAAAUUCAGGUCAGAUGCUAGUCAGCUUCGAUUUGUUUUUUUGUUUSUUUCUUUUAUUAUGUCAAAUGUGUUUGGAUUUGAAUGAGGAUUAUUUAACUUGUGCUUAUUGGUUGUAAAUAUCAAUGGUAGAUUUUGAGAUAUUGUUUUUUUUWAUUAUUUUUUUUCAUAGCUAUAUUUUGCUCUGUCCUCUAAACCUCAUAAUCUUAUGGGCACAAACCUUCCGUUCCUAUACUCCAGAAGUUAACACGUUAAGUACAUGGAUCGGCCUAAAUAUAUUUGCUUUGAAUGCAGACGACCACCUUGAUCAUACAGUGUGUUGUGUGUUUGUAUAUACUUGUCAUUUUUUUUAUCACUUGCACAAAGUCUUGCAACAUCGAGCUUGAUCCACUGUAUCUCCAUGUAAUUAUGGAGAAUGGCAACAGAUUUGGUAGUACAGAAAAUAAAUAUAGGCUGUGUUAACAUCUGAAUACAUUCAAGGUCAUCAGCAAUAUAGCGAUGUUAAAUUACUGACACCUUAUCCAGAAUCAUCCAGGUACUCUGAAAUUCUAGAAUUGAUUGUGUUUCUUAUACACGGUAUAUGUAAUGUAAUUCUGUAAGCAUCGUUUUCAGUUCUAUUUGGGGGUUUUACCCCCCAAAUGCAGUAAGCUUGAGUCUUCUGACCAAAAGUGGUUUCUGAGUCUACAAUGAGAUUUGAAGUCAUUUUCAUUAGUUGCAAACUCUGUCUGAACUCUCGCUAUGUUUCGUCUGUCAUGCUCUGCCUGAUUAACUGCACACUUCUUCAGCAAGUGUAUAUGUUUGAGAGAAUGCCGUUUUAUGGGAAUACCACCCAUUGUUUUUCAUUUUUAUAUAAAAAGUAUAAUUAUUCUUAUCAAAAGAAAUGAAAGAUUAAAAAAAAAAAAAAAAAAUUAUGAAGCUGUACAAGUUAUGUGAGGGGGUUUUGAUCUCUUUAGUUGUAUUUCCAUUUCAGAACCCACUUUAGCCAACGGGAAUACAGGAACACAAUGCUACUAGUGAAAUGYUGGGGUGUUGGAUCCAAGACAUUCCCUUUUUUGCAUGUACAUGUCAAUUCACUCUCUCACACAAACACACUCGCCACACACAUGCACAUUAUAUGUACACACACACACGGCAAAACUUUAAGCAUGAAAAUUGGUGGUUGUAAUGGUAGCAAUGUACAUAUGGUCAAUGCCUCUUUUUUUUUCUUAAAUGAAUUUCUAACUUUAAAAAUGAUCUUUCUCUGAUUAUAUGACAAGUUUGAACUGCUGCCUCCUUUUGUUUGUAGAAAAUGAACAUUGAAUUUUAUAAAUAAAGCGAUUUUUAAAGUCA